ACAAGAAGGCAGCAUAGCUCCAGUGGCGCUGUGAUAUUGAAAGGUCAUACAUUUUCGAAAAAGAAAGCCAACCAGAAAGCCAGGAUGUCUGAAGAGCUGUCCCUCAAUAUAAACAUCAAGGAGCCAAGAUGGGACCAAGGCACAUUUAUGGGGCGCGCCAAGCACUUCUUCAUGGUCACAGAUCCCAGGAAUGUCCUGCUGUCCUCUGAGACUUUGGAGGAGGCCAGAGUGAUCACGGAGAACUACAGAGCCGGGAUCACAAAGCCUGGUCUGUCAGAGGAUGAGCUCUGGAGAGCCAAGUACAUCUACGACUCCGCCUUCCACCCCGACACAGGAGAGAAGAUGUUUGUGAUUGGCCGGAUGUCUGCUCAGGUGCCGGUGAACAUGUCCAUCACAGGCUGCAUGCUCACCUUCUAUAGAACUACUCCGGCUGUGGUGUUCUGGCAGUGGGUUAACCAGUCCUUCAACGCUGUCGUCAACUACACCAACCGCAGUGGAGAUGCCCCCAUGACCGUGAAUCAACUUGGUGCAGCCUACGUCAGUGCUACUACUGGAGCUGUAGUCACUGCGCUGGGUCUCAAGUCUCUAGCUUCGCGUCUCCCGCCGAUCGCCAGCCGGUUUGUCCCCUUUGCUGCUGUUGCUGCUGCUAACUGUAUCAACAUUCCCUUCAUGAGGCAGAGGGAGUUGAAGUACGGUAUCCCUGUGAUGGAUGAGAAUGGAAACAGGUUAGGAGAGUCUCCCAAUGCUGCCAAGCAGGCCAUUAUGCAGGUGGUGGUGUCGAGGAUCGGCAUGGCAGUGCCAGCCAUGGCCAUUCCCCCUGUUAUAAUGAAUGCUCUGGAGAAGAAAGCUUUCAUGAAGCGGUUCCCAAUUCUAAACGCUCCAGUCCAGGUGGGGCUUGUCGGUUUGUGCCUGGUGUUUGCAACUCCUUUGUGCUGCGCCCUCUUCCCGCAGAAAAGCUCUAUGAGUGUGAGUGGGCUGGAGGAAGAUCUGCAGGAGAGGAUACGAGAGACCAGUCCCAACACCACCACGGUCUACUUCAACAAGGGCCUGUAGGACCAGCCAACACACAACGCACAAGUCAAAGAUACACUCACACACAUGCUACAUGCACGUAUGUUGUCCUGUGGGCACAAGUGGGAGGGCAAAUCUGAAUUUAUGUAUGUUUUUUGUUGUUGUGUGCUACUACAUUUAGUUUUUUGAAUUUAACUGCUCCAAGUGUAACAGUAGAGGGUCGUAUGUUGUUGAGUAUUGACUGAAGGAACAACAAAACACUUUGAGAAGGAAGAUCACUGACUGUUCUCUCUGUAACUAGAUGGUGUUCCUUAGAAAAGAAAAACCUGUCUCCUGUUUUUUUUUAUUUUAUAUUAUUAUUAUUAUUGUGUCGUGUGUUUUCUGUUUUCCUUUGGUCAGAACUGCCUCUAGGAAGGCAGCUCAUGAAGUUUCAUUCUACAAUAUUUCAUGUUGCAAUUCCUGUGUAGUCAGCAUGGCCGUAUUAGCUAUUACACAAACUAACUAAAGUAUGUUGAUGUUAUCGCCAUGUAAUUUCCUCCUUGUAGUUUUACUGACAAUCCCAGUGUGUUGAUUGCUUUGAAUAGUCCGACCCUUUGAUGUGCAGUUUCUUCCUGAAGUGUACUUAUGCCCCUUCAUAUCCAUAGACCAGGUAAUUAGGUGCUAGGUACAAUGUGGCAAAGAAAGUAUCUAGAAAUUCUACUGCAAAAGCUCACAAAGCACCAAGUGUGUUUGCUUUUUAUCAACAUAAAUAUGUACUGUUGCCAUAGCAGUGUUGGCCUUUUAUCACUUUAUGAACUAGUGCAGUCACUAUCUUUAGUGGCAUAUAAAUUAAAUAUGUGAUUGAUGUUGGUGGUGCUUGUUUGGAGGUUGUCAGGCGGAGGAAUAUACUUAGUUGUUGUUUCACUUCCUUAAAGUUGGAUAGCAGGGUUCUUGUCCAACAACAAGCUGCAAAACUGUGGUUUGCACGAGAGCCAUUAAUGUCCCCUCGUACUAAACGAAAGUAGCUCAUGUUGCGUGACAAAGUCAAAUUCCUUAAUGCAUUUUUCUAGGUAUCGCAGUGUGUAACUGUCCAUAGUCUUUGUGGUUUUGUGAAAGUGGUCAGUUUGGCUGAGUUUGAGCUUUUCUGAUGAAAUCAAUUCACAUUGUCGCCAAAACACACGGCGGUACGUUGUGGUGCGAUAGUGAUGAUUGUGUAAGUGAGGAAAUAUUAGCUGUAUUUAUCCGUGUUGUCUCUCUGGAUUAUGCAAGAAUAAAUAUAUUUUUCUUUGAUAUAUAUAAAUAUAAAUACAUAUAUGAUGUACAAUAUAUUAUGGAGCACAUAUGCAUGAGGAAUCUUAUGGAUUUUAACUUCAAGGUGGUUUUGACACCAGAUGGGCCCACAUAUGCAUCGGUAGACGACGUCAGCUGCUCAUACUAUGAGAGCUCAGAGUUUGCUGCUAAUUAGCGUGGGCGCCUCUCGGGCUAAUGAGCUUUCAGAUUAGAGGAUCGUUCCUCCAGUGGGACUUUACUUCACGAUACAGUGGACACAGUCACAGAUGACCAACGAUUCCAUGUUUGUGCAAGUGAUGUUUCGUGUGUGUUGGUCAAAGAUAAACAUUACCCAACAGUAAGAUUGUUAACUUAAAUUCACCUCCAUCAAGCAUGUCAAGUUUCUGUUUCAGAAAUUUAAAGGUCAAUAUUUAUUUUAAGUAAACUGAUUGUGCGUGUUAAGGGACUGUAGCUACUGCACAAUUAUCAACCUCCGUACAGAAAUGCACAAUGAUUUUGUUUAUUUGUGAAACUGAAAUUGAAGGGUUUAUUUCCAACGUGCUCUCCAGAUAAUUUUAUAAACACAUGCGACCCUCAAUGCUGGAUCUUAUUUUGGAACUUUUCAAUUUGCCAUUGAUAUUUUCAUUCAAGCACUGAACACCCAGACAAUCGCUACUGUUGAAGUCCCUCGGCCCCUUCUGGGACACUGAGACAUGAUCACAUGCACUGCAGGACAGUGUUUCAGAGUUAGCAUCACUAAUGUAUUCCAAUAUAACGCCAUUAGGACAUAGUUUGUGUUUGGGGUGUUGUCCUGCUGGAGAUGAAACUGCAUAUAACCUUUGCUGUGCUGCUGUAGGCGCUAGAUGGAUUUGUGUGGCUAUUUAAAGGGAGCUUCUAAAUGUUUAUAUUGAAGAUUGUAUUUGUUUAUGGUGCUGGAUGAUGUUGACUGAACUUACUGCUAAUUAAUAAUCUAUUCAAUGUCUGGCAGUUCUCAUUGCUCAUAACCAAGUUGCUUUAGCAUUAGCUUCUGCUUUUUUCCUUUUGUGUUUUUCUUCUUAGAAUUAUGGCGCACAAGUGUCAAGAACAAAACUGGAGGGUUUUAGUCAGCAUUUAAAUCCAUUUAUAAACGUGUAUCUCAGCUUGUGACCGUAACAUGUUGCACCAAUAGAUCUCGCCAAAGAUAAGACGGGUAUGAAUUGGAAGCUUUUAAUGUUUUUGUUUCAGCUUUAAUGCAUGGACCUUUUUCAAGACUUUUUUUUUUCCAGAAAGGUUCCUCAUCUUUGUCAGUGUUACUCUCAACAGCACACCAGAUGUUAAAAAAACAUUGCAAAGCGUUGUUUAGUUAAAGAUCAUAUUUUUGUCAUUGAUAUUAUUGACAUUCAAUAAAUUACUAUAAAAAACUUGACUUCACAUAAUACUGGGGAAUUUUGGCGCCCUGAUUGGAAAAAUCUACUAAUUCAAGAAUUUUAUGCUGCAUAACAUGAAGAAAAUGUCAAAUCUUUGCAUAUUGAAGGCACAAAUGAAAAGACAAUCUGUUAUUUUUAACACUAUGAAUGUUUUUGUUGUUUGUACAUACAACUUACACACAAAGAUCCGUCAGUGUUGGUGCACAGUGUAUUCUCCCUCUAUUGUGUAUUGUGAUUAAAUAUAUUUCCUUGAAUGUAA